AUGGAGGAAGCCUAUGCAAGGGUAUUGGUGAAGCAGAAAGCUAAAGUUACAAUGGAAGAUUCCAUGAAUCAGAGAUGCCAUGAGCUGGCCACUGUGGUCAAAGCACGAAUUGGAAGUUCUCAGAGACAACACCAGUCAGCAGCCAAAGACCUAACUCAGUCACCUGAAAUGUCGCCAACAACAAUCCAGGUCACAUACCUGCCCUCCAGUCAGAAGAGCAAANGNCCUAAGCACUUCCUCGAACUGAAGAGCUUUAAAGACAACUAUCACACACUGGAGAGCACUCUGUGAUGGAGCUGCACACGUGCCAGCUGUGCAGCACUCGGGAUAUCUGGUUCAGCAGACCCAGACUUGAUUGGCCAAAGCAUUCUUACAGAACAGUGUCUAAAAGGUCAUUCCCAACCCUUUCUGAUAUUGACUAAGACCUCAGUAUCUCCCAGUAGCACUUCUUCUGGAUCUGAAUUCAAAUGUCACUCUUAACA